AUGCCUCGGGGUCAGAAUCAUAAGCUCUGCAUCUGUGAGAAACACCACCAGGCCCGAUAUGAGCCCCAGAGUCAAAAGGAAGUUCAGCCCACUGCAGUAAUGGAAGAGCUUCCUUCUACCUCUUCUCUUUUAGAAGAUAAUUCACAGAGCUCAUCAGCUACUGGGUCAAAUAGCACUUUCCAGGGGUCUUCGGAAGCCCCAUCUACUACCAGCACUUUUUCAACUACUUCUGACACAAAAUCUGAUGAAGAAGAUACCAGUCAAGAUGAGGAAGAUUCAGAUUCCUCCGAUGUCUCAUCUUCUACCGAGAACGCCUACAGUGAUACUCUGAACAGCACGACAAGUUUGUUGGAACAGUUCCUUCUGCAUAAAUAUAAAAUGAAGCAGCCCAUCAUGAAGGAAACCAUGCUGAAGAUUAUCCACCCAAGAUACCAUAACCGAUUUGCCGAGAUUCUCAAGAGGGCCUCUGAACACAUCGAGGCUGUCUUUGCAGUUGACUUGAAGGAAGUUGAUUCAACCAUCCACUCCUAUGACCUUGUCAGCAAACUGAACCUGCCCAACAAUGGGAGAGUGUGGGAUGGUAGGGGCUUACCUAAGACCGGUCUCUUGAUGACAGUUCUGGGUGUGAUCUUCGUGAAGGACAACUGUGCCGCUGAGGAAGAUAUCUGGAAAUUCUUGAAUAUGAUGCGAGUAUAUGCUGGGAGAAAACACGUCAUCUACGGAGAGCCCAGGAAGCUCAUCACCAAAGAUUUUGUGACGAUGAAGUACCUGGAGUACCGCCAAGUUGCCAACAGCGAUCCUCCACGUUACGAGUUCCUGUGGGGCCCACGAGCCCAUGUGGAAACCAGCAAAAUGAAAGUCUUGGAGUUUUUGGCAAAAGUCAAUGAUACGGUCCCCAGUGCCUUCUCAUCACAAUAUGAAGAAGCUUUGCGAGAUGAGGAGGAGAGAGCUCGAGCCACAGUUCCAGCCAGGCCCGGCACCACCAGGCAUGUUCCACGGCCAUGUCCAGCAGCUUCUCCCACCCCUACUGAAGACCAAGACUUUUAAAAAAUCAUCCAGAUAAGAAAAUUUGACAUCAAAAUAGGGACUUUUGCCGAAAUGGGAAGCAAUCCCACAAUAAUACUGCUGGGACAAUGGAAUGAAAAAAUAAAAUGAAAAGAAGUU